AUGAAUUUGAUGUUUCGGAAGAACUUCAGCGGGGAGAAAACCGUCUCGUCGAGCGGGGGUGGGGGGAAGGCGCGGGGCGCGCUAGGUGCAGGGAGGAACGCCAAGCGCCGCGACCGCGAGCGAUACUCCUGCAUGGAGGAACACCACUACAAGACCCACAUAUUCUUCUCAGCUGCACCUCGGGCCAGUGCGCAGUACAACGACCUCACAGAACGAUGCGGGCCUGUAAUAGGCGGUGGUACAGGGCCGGACCCCGAACCGCCGCAGCCCCUGGUGACGAGGGAGCCCUCUGUGUCCCUCCUACGAUGGGACAGGGGCCCGGUGACCACUACCACUGUCCCGACCACCACGGACCGGCGCCGGACGGAACCCGUCUCUCUCGCCACGCUACAGAAAGACUGUUUCGUUAUCCCGGCACACGCGCUUGAUCGGUUUCUGCCUGAUGGGGUACCGCUUCCAGUUCCGCCUCCAACGCCAGAAAAAGGAAUGACAACAAAGACUGCACAAAACUCCCUUAGCAUCCUUGAAAUAGCUGACCCCAAACUUUGUAUAUUGGCCCACCUGAUGAGUCCGUUGGAGCCAAUAGAGCCAAUAUUGGAAUCCCCGCUUGCCAAACCUUUGAUAAGACAGAAAUCUGCGGCGGCAGAACUUUUGAACGAAGUAGCACAGGCCAAUACUGCUGUAGGAGGGAUGUUAUUAGCGAAUAUGGAGAAGAAUGCAGAAUUCCCAUUCAUAUCUUAUUAUGUGAUAAAUACAACGCAAACAGACCCUUUGUUGUUCUACAAUAACAUGAGAUGUGCUUCCUUGAACAAGUUUGAUCCGAAGACGAUACGGUACUCGGCAGCGCAUACACUAGACCUGUAUAGUGAAGUGGCGAUGAUCUGCAGACCUCCGUUCAAUGAUUUAGCUGGUGGACCGAAGAAGUCACACACGCCUACAACUGGAUUCAUCAUUAGUGUUUAUAAGGUAUUUGAAGGCGACGAUGGUGAGCGCUUUGAAAGAAAUUGGCUAUACUGGACGGGGGCACGAAUGCUGUACCGGCACCUGCCUCACACGGUGGGCAUGAGGAAGAUAGCGUUACACAAGUCUGUGGCUGCCCACGGAGACAAGAUGUAUCUGUUAGUGUGCGAGUGUGCCAACUUAAUGGACGAUCUGUCAGGGGCCGCGAUGCUAGUGACAGCACUGAGAGCGCGCCUGUGUGGGUACACCGGCCUAUACAGGCCUAUACAGACUUUCUAG